AUGCGCGCUGCCUCCAUCUUCCGUCCGACCCUGCUGCUCUGCUGGCUCGCUGCCCCGCGGCCCGCCCAGCUGGAGACCCUUUUCCACAGCCGGGACCGCUCGGACCUGGAGCCGUCCCCGCUGCGCCGGGCCAAGCCCAUCGCCGACCUCCUCGCGGCGCAGCGGUUCCUGUCCAAAUACGGCUGGGCAGAGACGCCCCCGGGGUCCCGGGAUCCCAGCCCCGAGGGGCCACCCGAGGGCCCCCCGGGCGCCGCCCUGGUCGAGGCGAUGCGCAGGUUCCAGAAGGUCAACGCGCUGCCGGCGAGCGGGGAGCUGGACGCGGCCACGCUGGCGGCCAUGAACCGGCCGCGCUGCGGCGUCCCCGACACGCGGCCCCUGCUGCAGGCGGCGCGCCCCGCGCCCGGGACCCUGGCGACCCCGCGGGGCCCGCUCCCCAAGGCCCGCCCCAAGCGCUUCCUGCAGGCGCUGCUCCCCGCGCCCGGCGGGCAGCCCGAGGACCCCCCGCCCGCUGGGGGGCCCCGGGCCUUCUCCAAAAAGACCCUGACCUGGAGGCUGGUGGGCGAGGGCUACAGCAGCCAGCUCUCCGUGGACGAGCAGAGGUACAUCUUCAGACUGGCCUUCCGGAUGUGGAGCGAGGUGAUGCCACUGGACUUCCAGGAGGACCUCACCGGCCCUGGAGCCACGGUUGACAUAAAGCUGGGUUUUGGACGUGGCCGGCACCUGGGCUGUCCUCGGGUUUUUGACGGGAGUGGGCAGGAGUUUGCACACGCCUGGCGCCUGGGCGAUAUUCACUUUGACGACGAUGAGCAUUUCACACCUCCCACCAGUGACACGGGCAUCAGCCUUCUCAAAGUGGCCGUCCAUGAAAUUGGCCAUGUCCUUGGCUUGCCUCACACCUACAGGACAGGAUCCAUAAUGCAGCCAAAUUACAUCCCCCAGGAGCCCGCAUUUGAGUUGGACUGGUCAGACAGAAAAGCAAUUCAAAGACUGUAUGGUUCAUGUGAAGGAUCAUUUGAUACUGCGUUUGACUGGAUUCGCAAAGAGAGAAACCACUAUGGAGAAGUGAUGGUGAGAUUCAGCACAUAUUUUUUCCGCAACAGCUGGUACUGGCUUUAUGAAAAUCGAAACAACCGGACACGCUACGGGGAUCCUAUCCAAAUCCUCGUUGGCUGGCACGGAAUCCCAACACAAAACAUAGACGCUUUUGUCCACAUCUGGACGUGGAGAAGAGACGAACGUUAUUUUUUUAAAGGAAGUCAGUACUGGAGGUAUGACAGUGACAAUGAUCAGGCCCACACAGAAGAUGAACGAGGAAAAAGCUACCCCAAAUUGAUUUCAGAAGGAUUUCCUGGCGUCCCAAGUCCCCUGGACACUGCCUUUUAUGACCGAAGAAAGCAAUUAAUUUACUUCUUCAAAGAGUCCUUCGUGUUUGCAUUUGAUGUCAAUAGAAAUCAAGUACUUGAUUCUUAUCCAAGGAAGAUUACUGAAGUUUUUCCAGGAAUAGAGCCACAAAACCAUCCUUUCAGAAAUAUAGAUUCAGCUUACUACUCCUACGCACACAACUCCAUUUUCUUCUUCAAAGGCAAUGCAUACUGGAAAGUCGUCAAUGACAAGGACAAACAGCAGCACUCUUGGCUUCCUUCAAAUGGCCUAUUUCCCAAGCAAUCUAUCUCAGACAAGUGGUUUGACGUUUGUGACGUCCAUGCCUCCACCCUGAAUAUGUGAUGAGAAAAGUAGGCAAAUGGAGCGAGUCAAAGGAUUUCUCUUCUAAGAGAAAAAGUCUGAUUUCUUUUACAAAGAAAACAAACCAGAGUUUUAGUAACCAAAGUGACGAGGGCUCCCUAAGUUAAAACCCCAUGGAAAAAGCAUUACUUAAACUUUUAAAAUACUUGAUUUAAAAGUCAAUUU